AUGAAGCUGACCAUUGGCAUUCUCUUAGCAAGCAUCCUAAUCAUUGGAUUGGUUGACUUCUCCGAUGCAAGUUUCCUGCCUUGGCCACCAGCACCUUGUGAGCCCAAUCCCCCAAAACCUAAGCCACCAGUAAAGCCACAACCUAAGCCACCAGUAAGGCCACAACCUAAGCCACAACCCAAGCCAAAACCUAAGCCACAACCUAAGCCACAACCCAAGCCUUGCAAUCCCCCACCAUGUGGUCCCGGUGGUGUUCCUUGUGAAGGAUGCUGCGACAGGGACAAUCUUUGCAAGGAACUCAUUCAAAUGGUUAGUGAAUUGGAUGCCAAGGUCAAGAAGUGCGUCUGCGGCGUAAAGUUUAUCUAA